AAAAUGACCCACACAAAGGGAAAGAGGAGAGGUACUCGCUGUAUGUCCUCUCGGCCUUUCAGAAAACACGGAGUUGUUCCUUUGGCAACAUACAUGCGAAUCUACAAGAAAGGUGAUAUUGCAGACAUCCAGGGAAUGGGCACUGCUCACAAAGGAACGCCCCACAAAUGUUCCCAUGGCAAAACUGGAAGAGUCUCCGACGUUACCCAGCAUGCUGUUGGCAUUGCCGUAAAGAAACAACAAGUUGAGGGCAAGAGUCUUGCCAAGAGAAUUAAUGCACGUGCUGAGCCCGUCAAGCACGCAAAGAGCCGAGACAGCUUCCUGAAGCAUGUGAAGGAAAGCGAUCAGAGAAAGAAGGAAGCCAAGGAGAAAGAUACUCGGGUGCAACGGAAGCGCCAGCCGGCCCCACCCAGCGAAGCACACUUCGUGAGAACCGGCGGAGAGGAGCCUGAGCUGCUGGAACCCAUGCCCUAUGACUUCACGGCAUGA